AUGAGUAUUACUACCCCUGAGAUUUUAAAAUCUGUUAAAGUACAGGAAAAGUUAAAAACUGUUUCUUCACAAUUAAUGAAUGAUAUUUGUGCUGACCAUCCAAAUGCUUUCUGGAGCAGAAAGAAGCAUAUUGUUUCGCUUCCUUAUGAAGACGGCUUCACUGAAGACAAAAUUCCAACGAAAUCUCGACCCUGUCAAAUGAAUGCAGAAUUAGUUGAAUUCUGCAAAAAGGAGAUUGAUCAUCUCCUGCAAAAGGGUCUCAUUAAACCCUCAAAAUCCCCUUGGUCUUGUACCGCUUUUUAUGUUAACAAUGCUGCAGAAAAAGAAAGGGGUACACCUCGAAUGACAGAUCCUCCCUGGCAGACAGCCAGAGGACGUGGUCGUGGCCGACAUCAAAAUCCUGCAUAUUCGCAGUACGGAGGACGAACCAAUCCGACAUAUUUCCACCAAAGAAGUACAGCCAGAAGCUCUGCAUAUAGCACAUCAAAUUCUAAUUUCCCUGUCCUGCAACAAGGAAAUAAAACUCUGAUUAAUUCGAGAAUAUCUCAGGAUGAGGCCUCCUCCUCUCACAUUCAAACUCCGAAUAUUAAUCUGGAUGAUAUUCCUGAAACACAUCCGUUAUUUCAGCAAAUAAAAUCAUAUUUGGCUGAAAAGGGAAAAACUGCAGAUUCGUUUGCUUCAAUUGUGACAGAAAACUCUGAAAAUAAAUUAUCUUAUGAAAAACUCGAAGCCAGAGAAAUUAUAGUUUAUUUGGAAAAUCGGCAUAUUCCUCCUACGGAAAGCUCCGACGAAGCUUGGAGGAUCUUGAAAGACUAUCUAACUGCAAAUGUUUACUUUGCAGGAGAAUCUUACAAAACCAGAACCUAUUACGAACAAAUUCUUGUCAAUACUGCCAGUGCGACAUUCGAGCACAGCCCUUUAGGAGAAUCUACUCCGGGCGUUCACGGCUACUCCAAAAUAAUUAUAAAAAAAUUGAUCCCUAUCGAAGAAUGGGGAAUUUCUUCCAUGACCCUUCGAAAUCUCCCUAUGGGACCUCAAGGGCAAACUAUUGCCAACUUUACUUAUUGGGACUACAUCAAAGCUUUUUCUCAAGUCUUUUAUUACAAUAAUUAUAAGCAUAAACACACUUGGUUCGUUAAAAUAUGUUCCAAGGUAUUUGAGAAAUCAGUCCCAAACUGGUUUAUUCACUGGUGGACACAGCACGGACCAUCAGUAAAAAUUUUACCCCCUGAAUAUUUUUCCCUUUACACCUCCUGGAAAAAAUCAUCUCCAUUUUUAACGGAGUUAUAUCAUUCAGACCAUAUCUGCAAAUUAGAUACCAUCGACCAGAUGUAUUUCUAUAUUGAAUUUUCUAUUCCCUGGAUCCAUAAAUGGUCGAUCGAAAUUGGUUAUGAUUCCCAACAAAUCCCAGCCAUCUACCGUACAAUAAUAAUAAUAAUAAUAAUAACAACAACAACAACAACACAGAAAAGGAGGAAGGGAGUAGAUAAGGUAUUCUGA